AAUGGAUGAUAAAAAAAUUAUAUACAUAUAUAUAUAUAUUACUUAAUAGAUCGGAAUUUAUAAUCUUCCAUACAAGCAUCUUUACAAAUUAAAGAUUAUAUUUUAUUAAUCGUUACUAUCCCAACUGAUUAUCAAACUAAUUUCUUUUUACUAUUUUUAUUGGAGUUUACAGUAUACUUUGAGCCGGUCUUUUGGCUAAGCCAAGAAAAUAAUGGCUUCCGACCGUUUUAUUAUAAAGUCAUAUUCGACCACAAGUUUUGAAAAACUUUGUUUUAGUCUAGUGGUCAAAUCUACAAGGACCAGUGGCCAAUUUUUUUUUAAUUUGCUUUUGGCCAUGGAUGUUCUAGGACCGGCUCUGAGUAAACUCUCUCUAUUUCACCAAAUGCAACAUAACCUACAUCCUUCGUAUUCACAUAUUCGAGUCAUACUGCAUACGUAAGCUCUCUUUCACAGUUCCCAUUUCUGCAAAUCAAUAAACCAAUUGAUUCCACUAUCACACUUAUUGAAGCCAAUAUCCAGCGUGAAACAACAUUACUUUAAGCCCAAAUCCAGUACCGUUUCGGUUGAGAGACGCACCUACUCCAUGUUACACCACUAUUCCAUUAAGAAAGUCUUGAUACGUGAAAUCAAGUUUUGAGAAAGAAAAAAGGUAUUUUGCGCCCCAAAUUCAGUAGCCGAAAAGUUCUAGGCCCAUCUAAAUUUGGUUUUGUGUACUUUAAUGCGAUUCUAAAAACGUUACUGUACGACAGACACGGAGGUUUCGUCGGAUAUACGCAGAGAGAGCCCAACAUUUUUGGCAUUUGUUCUCACUGAAAAACAAAGCAAGAUUUCAUUUGGCCAAUUAGCAGAAAAAAAACAAGAGACCCACAAAUAAUAGAACGUAUAAUGUGUUUUCCCAAACAAAAAAAAAAGAACGCAUAAUGUGGUAUUUUUAAUUAAUUUAAUCAAUACAAGACCUUUUAUUUGCCUUUAUGCUCUCAAGUCUUUUUCUCCUUUAUAUUUCGAAAUUGUCCAUGCUUUUUUUUAUCAUGCAAAAAGUUGUGUCGGAUAACGACUUAAAAACUGUGUUCAGAAAUAAUUAUAUUUUUUUUUGACUAAUGGUUUAAGAAAUAAUAUAUAAUUAUAUUUUAGUUGCAGUACUUGCUUUUAUUGAUUUUUUUGUAUACAUAAAUUUAAGAAAGCUUAAAAGUUGUAUCCAAAUCUCAGAGUUAAUAAUUGUGAGUACUCGGGUGUCACCAUUCACCGUUUAAUUAUAUUUUUUUGGUGGUUAAUCUAUCAUCUAACUAUAUUUUUCUUAAAGGAAGCAGCUUUUUCCUCCAAGAACCAACUAAUUUAACAACUCACUUGUUGUGUAAUUAAGUUGAUAUUUGCUGGCAAGGAUUAGUCACACUCACAAUUCACAAGAAAAGCAGACAUGGACCCGAGCACCAAAAAUGGGGAAGACAAAGAUAAUUAUUUUAGGUGAAAAAUCAUUCUCAUUUUUUAUUGGUUUUUAAUUAUCACGAUUAUAUAAUAUGUCGUGUGUGUUCCAAAAAAUUUGUCGUGAUAAUUAAAAACCAAUAAAGAAUGAAAAUGAUUUUACAAAUAUUAAUAAAUUAAAAGAAGGAUUUAUAUUCUCUUUGUCUUUUCUUACGUAAUCGUUAUAAUUAAAGAUUAAUAAAAAACGAGAAUAUUUUUUUACUUAAAAUAAUUAUCUUUUUUUAAUGAGAAUGAUUUUCACUAUAAUUUUAAGUGAAAAAAUAAUAAAGAAUUAAAAAUACAAAAUAAUUAUAGUAAAAUAAUUUUAAUUCCAAUCGAUUUUUUUGGAUUUGUACAUGUUCACUGAAUUUUUAACACACCUUAAAUGAUAAUAUUUUAUUAAAUAGAAUUUAAAAAUUCAAAAAUAGAAAUAAAUUCAUAUAUCAAUGUGUUGUAAAUAAAGAGAUUAGAUUAAUUCAUAGAUGAUGUAUAAUCUAUAUGUAAAUGAGCAGUAAAUAAACAUUUAUAUUUGUAGAUAUCUACAAGUAAUGUAUUGUAGUUUUGUACAUAAAAUCAAUCAAAUUUGAAAUAUGUUGUCGGCACAAGUCUAUUUUUUAUUAUUCAACUAUAAAAUCCCGAACUAGUUUAAAAUUUGUUCCCAAUCAAGUUAUGUCUAUAUAAACCAAAAACUAAUUAAUAAAUAGAUAAGAUCAAUAUUUUUUUGCACUCAUAGUGAAUUUAUAUAUUAUUCUUUUUUAAAUGUUGGUUAUAUUAUUUGUAACACUUAUUUAAUUUUUCUUAAAAGCUAAAUAAAAUGAUUUUAUAGAAAUAACAGUCACAACUAAUCUUGAUUUUUAUUUUAAAAAAAGACUAAACUAUACGAUCCAGUGAUGAUAUUUUCAUUCAGUUGUAUCUUCCAUUUACAAAGUAUGAUAUAGUACACCAUGAAAAUUAACUCAUAAAUUCUUCUAGACUAAAUAUGAUAAACAUACAGUGUAAAUGGUUUCAAGUGCCGACAAAAAAAAAGGUUAAUGGAAUAAAACAUUCAUUUACGUUUGUUCAAAAACUAGAACCAAGCAUGUCAAAUAUAAUCUUUCCGCUGAAAAUAAACAUAUCAUUCACAACAUUUUUUAAAAAAUACUGAUUGAUCAAUAUAAACUUUUAAGCAAACAAUUUUAUUUUCCUUCAUCAACAUAUUAUUUACAAUAUUUUUUUUUUAAAUAUAUACAGAAUCUUAUUAUUUCCCCAACAAUCAAAGAAAGAAACGCCACUAGCUACUUCCUCUCCGUCUCUCGCCGGGAAAAGUCUCUCUCUCUCUUUAAGUCCACCGGAGAAGGCUAUGUCUUCGACAAAUGUUCAACUAACCGACCACCACCUCAACCAGUCAACAAACGGCACAAACCUCUGGUCAACAACCGAAGACAAUGCGUCUGUAAUGGAACCUCUCAUCGGCUCCGAACACUCUUCUCUCUGGCCUCAACCACCUCUCACUCCUCCUCCUCCUCACGUCACCGAAGACACUCUCCAGCAACGACUCCAAGCAUUGAUCGAAGGAGCUAGAGAAAGCUGGACGUACGCCGUGUUCUGGCAGCUAUCCCACGACUUCGCCGGAGAAGACAUCAGCAACACGGCGGCGCUGCUAAGCUGGGGCGAUGGCUACUACAAAGGCGAGGAGGAGAGGAAGUCGAGGAAGAGGAAGCCGAAUCCCGUCAGCGCGGCGGAGCAAGAGCAUCGGAAGAGAGUGAUUCGAGAGCUCAACUCUCUGAUCUCCGGCGGCGGAGGAGGCGGAGGGACAGUCAGCAGCAGCGGCGGCGGGUCUUCCGACGAGGCGGGAGACGAAGACGUGUCGGAUACGGAAUGGUUCUUCUUGGUUUCGAUGACGCAGAGCUUCGCCAACGGCUCUGGUUUGCCCGGCCGAGCUUUCUCGAGCUCGCGGACCAUUUGGCUCUCUGGCUCGAACGCCUUGGCUGGAUCGAGCUGCGAGAGAGCUCGCCAGGGUCAGGUUUACGGGUUGGAGACUAUGGUUUGUAUACCGACUCAAAACGGCGUCGUUGAGCUUGGUUCGUUGGAGAUUAUACACCAAAGCUCGGAGCUUGUUGACAAAGUCAACAGCUUCUUCAGUUUCAACGGUGGCGGUGGUGGAGGCGAGUCGGGUUCUUGGGCGUUUAAUUUGAACCCGGAUCAAGGAGAGAAUGAUCCCGCCACGUGGAUUAAUGAACCGAAUGUAACCGGGAUCGAACCGGUUCUUGGGGCUCCGGCGACUUCUAACUCUGAUUCUCAGACAGCUUCGAAGCUUUGUAAUGGAAGCUCAGUGGAACACCCUAAGCAGCAGCAGAACCCGCAAAUCUCGAGUUCCGGGUUUGUGGAGGGAGACAGCAACAAGAAGAAGAGAUGUUUGGUUUCCGACAAGGAAGAAGAGAUGCUGUCUUUCACUUCUGUUCUUCCACUUCCUACGAAAUCGAACGACUCGAAUCGCUCUGAUCUCGAAGCUUCGGUUGUUAAAGAAGCGGAGAGUGGUAGAAUCGCGGCUGAACCGGAGAAGAAACCGAGGAAACGAGGGAGGAAACCGGCUAACGGAAGAGAGGAGCCGUUGAAUCACGUGGAGGCAGAGAGACAGAGAAGAGAGAAGCUGAACCAGAGAUUCUACUCUCUGAGAGCUGUGGUUCCUAAUGUCUCUAAGAUGGAUAAAGCUUCUCUUCUGGGAGACGCGAUCUCGUAUAUCAAUGAGCUUAAAGCUAAGCUGCAGAAGGCUGAAGCUGAUAAAGAAGAGUUGCAGAAGCAGAUUGAUGGGAUGAGCAAAGAGGUGGGGGAUGGGAAUGUGAAAAGUUCGGUUAAAGAUCAAAAGUGUUUGGAACAAGAUUCAGGUGUGUCGAUAGAGGUGGAGAUAGAUGUGAAGAUCAUUGGUUGGGAUGCAAUGAUUAGGAUCCAAUGCGGUAAGAAGAAUCAUCCUGGUGCUAAGUUCAUGGAAGCACUCAAGGAACUGGAAUUGGAAGUGAAUCACGCGAGUUUGUCGGUAGUGAAUGAGUUCAUGAUCCAACAAGCGACUGUGAAGAUGGGGAAUCAGUUUUUCACGCAGGAUCAGCUCAAGGCUGCUCUGAUGGAGAGAGUUUGAGAAGGGAUAUGAAAGAAAAGUUAGCAUCUAAACCGGAGAAAUAAUGCAAGGAUCAUAGUAAGAACCAGUAAAAAUCUCAUGUGAUUGUAGUGUAAACUGUAUUGUGUAAGGGUAUUUUUGUAGCAGAGCACCCAACUUGUUAUUGAUGCUUUGUUAGAGAAGUUUUUAAGUUUAGUAGUUUGAUGCUAAUUAGUAUAGUUUGGGUUUUAAUGUUUUCAUCAGAUUAAGCUGUCUUUGGUUCGUUUGGUGAAUGUAUUUGCGUAUGUACAUAUUAUGUAAUGAAAUAAGGCUUCUUUUUGUAAUGAAUAAAAUCAAAAUGGGAUUCAAGUUUCUGA